AUGUCUGAUUCUACGCUUGCGCUGCAGCUUAAAUCCGAAGGGAACUCGUUGUUCGCAAGUGGCGAAUAUUACUCCGCGUGGCUCAAGUACGGGCAGGCCAUCUCGCACGAUGAUCAGAACGCGAUCCUAUAUGCCAAUCGCGCGGCGGCCUUGAUCCACUUGGACAUGUUCCCGGAGGCAAAAUCUGAUGCGCAGAAGGUUCAGCUCUGCCCUCUCUCUGCCGAUGCCAAACGGAUCGCACUGACCCGGGUCAUCAUGAAUUUGAAUGGUUUGCGAGAAUAUGAGAAGAGUGCCGAAUAUUUCAAGAAAGCAAUAGCAUCCAUGCCGACUCGGAAGCAAGAUCUCACUGCCGCGAUAUUGAAGCAGAAGGAGCAGUGGGAGGUCGACAUGAAGACCGCGCAGGACCAAGCAGCGAAAGUCUCAGCGGGGAUCAGGGAGAUGAAAGGCAGGUGGCCUCCGGAUCGUGCCAAAGCGAUGAAAGAAGAGCUCCAGGCUCGUUUGCCCGAGAGUGCAAGCAGCAGUGCCUGGGUUCUGUUGCGAGCUUCUGAGUUCUGGGACAGGGGCAUCUUUACUUUGACCCAAUUCAGGAAGUGGCCAACGAUCCGUGGAAUAGAAGUCUUUGUUUGCCAAGACGUCGUGGCCUGUAUCACGAACGCCAUACUCAUCGAUGAUCGUGUAUUUAACAUGCACUCGCCAAUUUUGUCGGACAAAUGGCCUCAACAAGUGGCAAUGGAAGAGAAGGCCACUGGUGCAUGGCGCGACGACGUCCCGGUGCAAGAAGUCAUAAGAGAAGCGUUGAUACGUCAAGAGCAAGGAGGCUGGGAUUCAGUUCGCCGUUCGAUUGAUACCACUAUCCGUGUUAGGAUCAUGCGAGGGUAUUUCGCUAUGCACACCCAGAAAGGCACACAAGAGGCCCUCACUCACUAUAACGCGGCGCUGGAAUUGCUUGAAUGGGGACGGACGGGCCCGUGGAAAGGUGUCCCUCGCGAAGACAAAGGCGAGAUCUUCGAGUUACAUUGGAUGAGGGGUCUUCGUAGGCUGAGACUAGAAGCAUUGAGGGUUUCACCAGAGCUACGCCACACGUGGGAGUCGGCCGACGGGUUAUAG